CAUUGUCUUGGAUUGUCACAGAGGAAGAAGAGGAGGAUGAUGAAGAAGAUGCACUAUCUACUAUCACCAGUCGCCGUUCGAAGAUUCCCUGGAAAGUGUGCUGGCGGUAUCUGUCCUCAGGUGGCUUUUUUAUGGUGGUCAUGAUGAUCUCAUCCAAACUACUCAAGCAUGGUGUCAUGGUGGCCAUCGACUACUGGCUCGCCAAAUGGACCUCCAAAGAGGGAAAUGACGUGGAUAGCUUCCCAAGAGGUGGCAACAUCACUAAAGACGAAGAGCAUCUGUCCUAUUACGUUCCAGUCUUCAGUAUCCUCUGUGGAGCUGGCAUUGUGCUGUGUCUCAUAACCUCGCUGACAGUAGAGCUGAUGGGCCUAUCAGCAGCCACCAACCUGCACCACAACCUGCUCAACAAGAUCAUCCAUGCCCCCAUAAGAUUCUUCGAUGUCACUCCGCUUGGUCAGAUUCUGAACCGGUUUUCAGCCGACACCAACAUCAUCGAUCAGCACAUUCCCUCCACCCUGGACUCCUUGACACGCUCCACGCUGCUCUGCCUCUCUGCCAUUGGCGUCAUCGCGUUCGUGACUCCGGCCUUCCUCAUAGGCAUGGUACCGCUUUCCAUCGCUUUCUACUUCAUCCAGAAAUACUUCCGGGUUGCUUCCAGAGACCUCCAGGAUCUGGACGACUCCACUCAGCUUCCCCUGCUCUGUCACUUCUCUGAGACUGCAGAGGGUCUCACCACAAUCCGGGCCUUCAGACACGAGUCUCGUUUUAAACAGCGAAUGCUGGAGCUGACCGACACUAAUAACACAGCCUACUUGUUCCUCUCUGCUGCCAACCGGUGGUUGGAGGUCAGAACGGACUACCUGGGGGCGGUGAUAGUGCUGAUGGCAGCAUUAGCCUCCAUAUGGCACUCAUCUGGUGAGCUGAAGUCGGCUUUGGUCGGGCUGGGCCUGACGUACGCGCUCACGGUGAGUCCAGACUCCCCACACAGAGCCGCACAAGUGACUCUCUGCUGCAAAUUCACGCACUGAGAAAUGCAACAGCAA